UUUCACCUUUCCUCUCCCAGAAUAUUUUCAAUUUAAAAAUAUUUUUUUUUGCUCUUUACGACUAAAAGCCUGCUCGUAAAUCCUAGCAUACCUUAUUUUUUUAGUUGUCACGCUCUAUUCUGUACAUCUCGUCCUCGAAUACGUGAAACUUGAUAAUAAUUACAGACUUUUCCUUGUGACUUUGCUUUUUCUCAAUCGUCUAUUGAAAGGUUAGGUUAGAAAACCCACAAAGCUUUUCUCUUCCGCCAUUGUUUCUCUAAAGUUUGAGUUUUCUUUUACCGGUAUAUAAUGUUUCGUGCAAAAUUUUCGAGGUUUUGGAAUCAUCCAGCUGGCCCUAAAACAGUCCAUUUUUGGGCUCCUGCUAUGAAAUGGACUCUGGUAUUGUCAGGUAUCAGUGACUAUACCCGCGCACCUCAAUACCUUUCUACUCGCCAGUACGGUGCUUUGGCCGCGACUGGUGCAAUCUGGACUCGGUGGUCUUUGGUUAUCCGUCCUAAAAAUUAUUUUAACGCUACUGUCAACUUCUUUUUGGCUGUUGUCGGCGGUGUUCAAUUAUCGCGGAUUUACGUGUAUAACUAUCAACAAAAGCGCAUCAAAGCAAAUUCUGAAACAGAGAAACAAAAGCAAAAUCUCGCUUGAUAAGUUUUACUUGAGUAAAACUUACCAUAGUCAAGGGUUCUAGGAAGGUCAUAUUCCGUAUUUCUUUGAUCAUGACAUUUUACGCAUAUGUGUUUUAUCUCGCAAUGGAUUUAAUGUUGCCUGGUUAACUCUUGUUUGAGGCUUUCUGCUGGUUUCUCUUACUUCGGAAUAUUUCUUUUGAAUGCAAGACCUACCCUUUUUCUUUCAACCGUUCGCGGUACAGAAAUUGCAUUGCUUAUUAAAAACUUUGUCCUUUUAUUGUUGAAGAAAACUUGUAUGUGGCGAGUUUUAAAAAGGAAUCAAGAGAGCCGCAUUGAAACCUGUUGCUUUUGAUUUCUCUUUUUGCUAUCCUUUCAAUCAAGUUUGUCAUAUCUAUUUUUCUCGUUCUGAUUUCAUUGUGCAUCUAUUUAUGCAUUUAACUCCCUACGAGUACGCUUUCGUUUUUCUUUUCUUAUUUUAAGUCCAUCCUUUAUUCUUAAUCUCUUCCAUUACUUGCAUCAUGAUACUCAAAUUGAAUGACUGAUUCAAUAUGAAGUAUUUUGCAUGGAAGAGUAUGCUACUCCUCUCCUGUUGAUGUUUGAACGCUACUUUUGUUAGUCGAAACGAGAUAAUGACUUAGUAUAGAUUUCAGUAUACUUUGUUCUUUCUAUGCUUUUAUUUUAAGAAACCGAACGACCAAAGAUUCUUUGAUUCUCACCGGUAUUUAUAAUGAAUUCAAUAAAAAGAAUUACCAAUAAUUUGUAUUUGCAAUACUAAUUCAAUUGUAAUUUGUUUCUCUGGAGUUGCAUAUAA